AUGAAGGUGACUCGCUGGUGCCUCACGGAGGUAGGCUCUACCUUGAAGUUGGAGCUCCGCUCCCUCCAUCUGAGCUUCCACAGGAAGCAAAAAGCCGAAAAUGAGCAUCAUCCAGCAAUCCGACCAGGUGGUGCAACUCUUCGCAAGUCCAGCUUCUGCGACGUAAGCGGUCCAACUCUUAGGUCAUCUCACGGGUUAGGGAGAGGGCUGGAUCUCGCAGGUUGGGGUGUGGCGAGGGUGGGUCUCGCAGGAGAUAUUUACAUAACCUGCAUUGUGGAGCUACCAGAAUUAGAAAGUAGACAGAACAUUGCCUUGGCUUAUGACAUUCUAACUGCCAUGCCAAUUUCAGGUCCCAAGAAAAAUGCUAUUGUGGUUUCCCCUGAAGCGCUUGAACUAUCUCCUCUGCUCUAG